AUGCAUCCGGCGCGUGGUCGUGCUGGAAAAUGGGUGAAGAUAAAAAACUCGGAAUGUGAGAAGUGUUUCUGUGACAACCGAGGGCGUGUUUUGGCCGAUUAUUGUCGUGUCGCAUUGAAAUGUAUAAGGACGGAGGCGGCCAUUAUCUUAGACGUGGACGUCCUCCCGGAUCAUGACAAGGAAUUCCCUUGUCCAAGGCCAGGUGAAUUCGUGCCCUCGCCUUGGGAUCUGUGCAACCAGUGUUUAUGUGGUACGGAUGGAUUCGUCUCAACAACCUGCACCAAGCGGUCAUGUUCGGAAAAACACCCCUGCAGGAGAGGUAAAAUGGCGCCGUCGCCAUGGGGAGAUUGUAACGUCUGUCUUUGUAACAAUCACGGUCAACUGACGCCAUCCUGUACGAGAAAAGACUGUCCAUCACAGAAACUGAGAGAAGUAGGUGGAACGAAAAAGACAGCUAAACUGGAGAAUGAUGAAAAUAAUGAGAACAUUCAAAAGAUAUCGGCUUGUACCGAGGCUUCAGCUGCUGAGACCGCAGCCACAGCUGAGGAAACUGAGGCCCCAUCUGAAGAAACCAAGGCUCCAGCUGCUGAGACUGAAGCCACUGCUGAGGAAACUGAGUCACCAGUCGAAGAGACCGAGGCUUCAGCUGCUGAGACCGCAGCCAAAGCUGAGGAAACUGAGGCCCCAUCUGAAGAAACCAAGGCUCCAGCUGCUGAGACUGAAGCCACUGCUGAGGAAACUGAGUCCCCAUCUGAAGAGACCGAGGCUCCAUCUGCUGACACUGAAGCCACAGUAGAGGAAACUAAGUCACCAGCGGAAGAGACCGAGGCUCCAUCUGCUGAGACUGAAGCCACUGCUGAGAAAACUGAGUCCCCAUCUGAAGAAACCGAAGCUCCAUCUGUUGAGACUGAAGCCACAGUUGAGGAAACUGAGUCACCAGCCGAAGAGACCGAGGCUACAGCUGCUGAGACCGCAGCCACAGCUGAGGAAACUGAGUCACCAGCCGAAGAGACCGAGGCUACAGCUGCUGAGACCGCGGCCACAGCUGAGGAAACUGAGGCCCCAUCUGAAGAAACCGAGGCUCCAUCCGCUGAGACUGAAACUGAAGCCACAGUAGCGGAAACUGAGUCCCCAUCUGAAGAAACCGAGGCGCCAUCUGCUGAGACUGAAACCGCAGCAGAAGAAAUUGAGUCAUCAUCUGAAGAGACCGAGGCUCAAUCUGCUAUGACCGCAGCCACAACUGAGGAAACUGAGUCCCCAUCUGAAGAGACUGAGGCUCCAUCAGCUGAGACUGAAGCCACUCCUGAGGAAACUGAGUCCCCAUCUGAAGAGACCGAGGCUCCAUCUGCUGAGACUGAAGCCACUGCUGAGGAAACCGAGUCCCCAUCUCAAGAGACCAAGGCUCCAUCUGCUGUGACUGAAGCCACUGCUGAGGAAACUGAGUCACCAUCUGAAGAGACCGAGGUUCCAUCGGCUGAGACUGAAGCCACAACCGAGGCUUCAGCUGCUGAGACCGCAGCCACAGCUGAGGAAACUGAGGCCCCAUCUGAAGAAACCAAGGCUCCAGCUGCUGAGACUGAAGCCACUGCUGAGGAAACUGAGUCACCAGUCGAAGAGACCGAGGCUUCAGCUGCUGAGACCGCAGCCAAAGCUGAGGAAACUGAGGCCCCAUCUGAAGAAACCAAGGCUCCAGCUGCUGAGACUGAAGCCACUGCUGAGGAAACUGAGUCCCCAUCUGAAGAGACCGAGGCUCCAUCUGCUGACACUGAAGCCACAGUAGAGGAAACUAAGUCACCAGCGGAAGAGACCGAGGCUCCAUCUGCUGAGACUGAAGCCACUGCUGAGAAAACUGAGUCCCCAUCUGAAGAAACCGAAGCUCCAUCUGUUGAGACUGAAGCCACAGUUGAGGAAACUGAGUCACCAGCCGAAGAGACCGAGGCUACAGCUGCUGAGACCGCAGCCACAGCUGCGGAAACUGAGUCACCAGCCGAAGAGACCGAGGCUACAGCUGCUGAGACUGCAGCCACAGCUGAGGAAACUGAGGCCCCAUCUGAAGAAACCGAGGCUCCAUCCGCUGAGACUGAAGCAAGUGCUGAGGAAACUGAGUCACCAUCCGAAGAGACCGAGGCUCCAGCUGCUGAGACCACAGCCACAGCAGAGGAAACUGAGUCACCAUCCGUAGAGACCGAGGCUUCAUCUGCUGAGACUGAAGCCACUGCUGAGGAAACUGAGUCACCAUCCGUAGAGACCGAGGCUCCAUCUGCUGAGACCGCAGCCACAGCUGAGGAAACUGAAUCACCAGCCGAAGAGACCGAGGCUCCAGCUGCUGAGACCGCAGCCACAGCUGAGGAAACCGAGUCACCAUCCACCGAGGCUUCAGCUGCUGAGACCGCAGCCACAGCUGAGGAAACUGAGGCCCCAUCUGAAGAAACCAAGGCUCCAGCUGCUGAGACUGAAGCCACUGCUGAGGAAACUGAGUCACCAGCCGUAGAGACCGAGGCCUCAGCUGCUGAGACCGCAGCCAAAGCUGAGGAAACUGAGGCCCCAUCUGAAGAGACCGAGGCUCCAUCUGCUGAGACUGAAGCCACUGCUGAGGAAACCGAGUCCCCAUCUCAAGAGACCAAGGCUCCAUCUGCUACCGAGGCUCCAUCUGCUGAGACUGAAACCACAGCAGAAGAAACUGAGUCACCAUCCGAAGUGACCGAAGCUCCAUCUGCUGAGACUGAAGCUACAGCAGUGGAAACUGAGUCGCCAUCUGAAGAGACCGAGGCUCCAUCUGCUGAAACUGAAGCCACUCCUGAGGAAACCGAGUCCCCAUCUGAAGAGACCGAGGCUCCAUCUGCUGAGACUGAAGCCACUGCUGACGAAACCGAGUCCCCAUCUCAAGAGACCAAGGCUCCAUCUGCUGUGACUGAAGUCACUGCUGAGGAAACUGAGUCACCAUCUGAAGAGACCGAGGUUCCAUCGGCUGGGACUGAAGCCACUGCUGAGGAAACCGAGUCCCCAUCUGAAGAGACCGAGGCUCCAUCUGCUGAGACUGAAGCCGCUGUAGAAGAAACUGAGGAAACUGAAACUGAAACUGAGUCACCAUCUGAAGAGACCGAGGCUCCAUCUGCUGUGACCACAGCCACAGCUGAGGAAACUGAGUCACCAUCCGAAAAAACCGAGGUUCCAUCUGCAGAGACUGAACCCACUGCUGAAGAAACCGAGUCCCCAUCUGAAGAGACCGAGGCUGCAUCUGCUGAGACUGAAGCCACAGCAGAAGAAACUGAGUCACCAUCCGAAGAGACCGAGGCUCCAUCUGCUGAGACUGAAGCUACAGCAACCGAGCCUCCAUCUGCUGAGACUGUAGCCACUGCUGAGGAAUCCGAAUCGCCAUCCGAAGAGACCGAGGCUCCAUCUGCAGAGACUGAAGCCACUGCUGAGGAAACUGAGUCCCCAUCUGAAGAGACCGAGGCUCCAUCUGCUGAGACUGAAGCCACAGUAGAAGAAACUGAGUCACCACCCGUAGAGACAGAGGCUCCAUCUGCGUGGACUGAAGCAACUGCUGAGGAAACUGAGUCACCAUCUGAAGAGACCGAGGCUCCAUCUGCUGAGACUGAAGCCACAGUAGAAGAAACUGAGUCACCACCCGUAGAGACAGAGGCUCCAUCUGCGUGGACUGAAGCAACUGCUGAGGAAACUGCGUCCCCAUCUCAAGAAACCGAGGCGCCAUCUGCUGAGACUGAAGCCGCAGUAGCGGAAACUGAGUCACCAUCCGAAGAGACCAAGGCCCCAUCUGCUGAGACCACAGCCAUAGCUGAGGAAACUGAGUCCCCAUCUGAAGAGACGGAGGCUCCAUCUGCUGAGACUGAAGCCACAGCAGAAGAAACUGAGUCACCAUCCGAAGAGACCGAGGCUCCAUCUGCUGAAACUGAAUCUACAGCAGUGGAAACUGUGUUGCCAUCUGAAGAGACUGAAGCUUUAUCUGCUGAGACUGAAGUCACAGCAGAAGAAACUGAGUCACCAUCCAAAGAGACGGAGGCUCCAUCUGCUGAGACUGAAGCCACAGCAGAAGAAACUGAGUCACCAUCUGAAAAGACCAAGGCUCCAUCUGCUGAGACUGAAGCUACAGCAGUGGAAACUGCGUUGCCAUCCGAAGAGACCGAGGCUCCAUCUGCUGAGACUGAAGCUAAAGCAACUGAAGCCACUGCUGAGGAAACCGAGUCGCCAUCCGAAGAGACCGAGAUUCCAUUUGCAGAGACUGAAUCCACUGCUGAGGAAACUGAGUCCCCAUCUGAAGAGACGGAGGCUCCAUCUCUUGAGACUGAAGCCACUACUGAAGCCACUGCUGAGGAAACUGAGUCACCAUCCGAAGACACCGAGGCGCCAUCUGCUGAGACUGAAACCACAGCAGCAAAAACUGAGUCACCAUUCGAAGUGACAGAGGCUCCAUCUGCUGAGACUGAAGCUACAGCAGUGGAAACUGAGUCACCAUCUGAAGAAACCGAGGCACCAUCUGCUGAGACUGAAGCCACAGGAGAAGAAACUGAGUCACCAUCCGAAGAGACCGUGGCUCCAUCUGCUGAGACUGAAACUACAGUAGUGGAAACUGAAUCGCCAUCCGAAGAGACCGAGGCUCCAUCUGCUGAGACUGAAGCCACUGCUGAGGAAACUGAGUCACCAUCCGAAGAGACCGAGGCUCCAUCUGCUGAGACUGAAACCGCAAUAGAGGAAACUGAGUCCCCAUCUGAAGAGACCGAGGCUCCAGUGGCUGAGACUGAAGCCACUGCUGAGGAAACUGAGUCACCAUCCGUAGAGACUGAGGCUCCAUCUGCUGAGACUGAAGCCACUGCUGAGGAAACUGAGCCCCAAUCUGUAGAGACCGAGGCUCCAUCUGCUGAGACUGAAGCUGCAACCGAGGCUCCAUCUGCUGAGACUGAAGCCAAAGCUGAGGAAACCGAAUCCCCAUCCGAAGAGACCGAGGCGCCAUCUACUGAGACCGCAGCGACAGCUGAGGAAACCGAGUCCCCAUCUGAAGAGACCGAGGUUUCAUCUGCUGAGACUGAAGCCACUGCUGAGGAAACCAAGUCCCCAUCUGAAGAGACCAAGGCUCAAUCUCCUGAGACUGAAGCCACAGUAGAAGAAACUGAGUCACCAACCGAGACUAAAGCCACAGCAGCGGAAACUGAGUCCCCAUCUGAAGAGACCGAGAUUACUGAGGCUCCAUCUGCUGACACUGAAGCCACUGCUGAGGAAACUGACUCGCCAUCCCAAGAGACGGAGGCUACAUCUGCUGAGACUGAAGCCACUGCUGAAGAAACUGAGUCCCCAUCUGAAGAGACCGAGGCUCCAUCUGCUGAGACUGAAGCCACUGCUGAGGAAACUGAGUCCCCAUCUGAAGAAACCGAGGCACCAUCUGCUGAGGCUGAAGCCACUGCUGAGGAAACUGAGUCCCCAUCUGAAGAGACUGAGGCUCCAUCUGCUGAGACUGAAGCCACUGCUGAGGAAACUGAGUCCCCAUCUGUAGAGACGGAGGCUCCAUCUGCUGAGACUGGAGCCACAGCAGCGAAAACUGAGUCUCCAUCUGAAGAGACCGAGGCUCCAUCUGCUGAGAAUGAAGCCACUGCUAAGGAAACUGAGUCCCCAUCUGUAGAGACCAAGGUUCCAUCUGCUAAGACUGAAGCCGCAGUAGAGGAAACUGAGUCCCCAUCUGAAGAGACCGAGGCUCCAUCUGCUGAGACUGAAGCCACAGCAGCGGAAACUGAGUCCCCAUCUGAAGAAACCGAAGCGCCACCUGCUGAGACUGAAGCCGCAACUGAAGCCACUGCUGAGGAAACUGAGUCCCCAUCUGUAGAGACCGAAGUUCCAUCUGCUGAGACUGAAGCCACUGCUGAGGAAACUGAGUCACCAUCUGAAGAAACCGAGGCGCCAUCUGCUGGGACUGAAGCCGCAAUAGAGGAAACUGAGUCCCCAUCUGAAGAGACCGAGGCUCCAUCUGCUGAGACUGAAGCCAAUGUUGAGGAAACCGAGUCCCCAUCUGAAGAGACUGAGGCUUCAGUGGCUGAGACUGAAGCCACUGCUGAGGAAACUGAGUCACCAACCACCGAGGCUCCAUCUGCUGAGACUGAAGCCAAUGUUGAGGAAACCGAGUCCCCAUCUGAAGAGACUGAGGCUUCAGUGGCUGAGACUGAAGCCACUGCUGAGGAAACUGAGUCACCAACCGUAGAGACCGAGGCCGCAGCCACAGCUGAGGAAACUGAGUCCCCAUCUGAAGAGACCGAGGCUCCAUCUUCUGAGACUGAAGUCACUGCUGAAGAAACUGAGUCCCCAUCUGAAGAGACCGAGGCUCCAUCUGCUGAGACUGAAGCCACUGCUGAGGAAACCGAGUUACCAUCCGAAGAGACGGAGGCUCCAUCUGCUGAGACUGAAGCCACAGCAGAAGAAACUGAAUCCCCAUCUGAAGAAACCGAGGCGCCAACUGCUGAGACUGAAGCCGCAGUAGAGGAAACUGAGUCACCAUCCACCGAGGCUCCAUCUGCUGAGACUGAAGCCAAUGUUGAGGAAACCGAGUCCCCAUCUGAAGAGACUGAGGCUUCAGUGGCUGAGACUGAAGCCACUGCUGAGGAAACUGAGUCACCAACCGUAGAGACCGAGGCCGCAGCCACAGCUGAGGAAACUGAGUCCCCAUCUGAAGAGACCGAGGCUCCAUCUUCUGAGACUGAAGUCACUGCUGAAGAAACUGAGUCCCCAUCUGAAGAGACCGAGGCUCCAUCUGCUGAGACUGAAGCCACUGCUGAGGAAACCGAGUUACCAUCCGAAGAGACGGAGGCUCCAUCUGCUGAGACUGAAGCCACAGCAGAAGAAACUGAAUCCCCAUCUGAAGAAACCGAGGCGCCAACUGCUGAGACUGAAGCCACAGUAGAGGAAACUGAGUCACCAUCCGUAGAGACUGAGGCUUCAUCUGCUGAAACUGAAGCCACAGCUGAGAAAACUGAGUCCCCAUCUGAAGAGACCGAGGCUCCAUCUGCUGAGACAGAAGCCAGUGCUGAGGAAACUGAGUCCCCAUCUGAAGAGACCGAGGCUCCAUCUGCUGAGACUGAAGCCAGUGCUGAGGAAACUGAGUCCCCAUCUGAAGAGACCGAGGCUCCAUCUUCUGAGACUGAAGUCACUGCUGAGGAAACCGAGUCCCCAUCUGAAGAGACUGAGGCUCCAUCUGCUGAGACUGAAGCCACUGCUGAGGAAACUGAGUCGCCAUCCCAAGAGACGGAGGCUACAUCUGCUGAGACUGAAGCCACUGCUGAGGAAACUGAGUCCCCAUCUGAACAGACCGAGACCGAGGCUCAAUCUGCUGAGACUGAAAUCACUGCUGAGGAAACUGCAUCACUAUCCGAAGAGACGGAGGCUCCAUCUGCUGAGACUGAAGCCACAGCAGAAGAAACUGAGUCACCAUCCGAAGAGACCGAGGCUCCAUCUGCUGAGACUGAAGCCACAGCAGCGGAAACUGAGUCCCCAUUUGAGGAAACCGAGGUGCCAACUGCUGAGACUGAAGCCGCAGUAGUGGAAACUGAGUCCCCAUCUGAAGAAACCGAGGCGCCAACUGCUGAGACUGAAGCUGCAGUAGUGGAAACUGAGUCACCAUCCACCGAGGCUCCAUCUUCUGAGACUGAAGCCACUGCAGAGGAAACCGAGUCCAAAUCUGAAGAAACCGAGGCUCCAUCUGCUGAGACUGAAGCCACAGCAGAAGAAACUGAGCCACCAUCCGAAGAAGCCGAGGCUCCAUCUACUGAGACUGAAGCUACAGCAGUGGAAACUGAGUCGCCAUCCGUAGAGACCGAGGCUCCAUCUGCUGAGACUGGAGCCACAGCAGCAGAAACUGAGUCCCCAUCUGAAGAGACCGAGGCUCCAUCUGCUGAGACUGAAGUCGCAGUACAGGAAACUGAGUCACCAUCCGAAGAGACCGAGGCUCCAUCUGCUGAGACCGCAGCCACAGCUGAGGAAACUGAGUCCACAUCUGAAGAGACCGAGGCUCCAUCUUCUGAGACUGUAGCCACUGCUGAGGAAACCGAGUCCCCUUCUGAAGAGACUGAGGCUCCAGCUGCUGAGACUGAAGCCACUGCUGAGGAAACUGAGUCACCAUCCGAAGAGACCGAGACUGAAGCCACUGCUGAGGAAACUGAGUCACCAUCCGAAGAGACCGAGGCUCCAUCUGCUGAGACUGAAGCCACAGCUGAGGAAACUGAGUCCCGAUCUGAAGAAACCGAGGCUCCAUCUGCUGAGACUGAAGCCACGGUAGAGGAAACUGAGUCACCAUCCGGAGAGACCGAGGCUCCAUCUGCUGAGACUGAAGCCACAGCAGAGGAAACCGAAUCCCCAACUGAUGAGUCGGAAGCGCCGGCCGUUACUGAAGCUCCUGUCAAAUCAUGUGAUAAGCCUGGUGAAUCUGUUCCCUCUCCCUACGACUCGUGUAAUACAUGUACAUGUGACGAGUCCGGAUUCGUUCAAGCCUGCACUCUCAUGGCUUGUCCCGAAGACAUUGCUAUUCCGGUCGAGAAGGAAGAGAACAAAACCCGUUGUGAUAAUCCAGGAUCUGCUGUUCCCUCUCCGUUCGAUGGCUGCAACCGCUGCAUCUGUGGAGAAGAUGGCUUCAUCACCGGAUGUACCCAGAUGUCAUGCGUGGAGGCGACGGUCACGUGUGAAAUGCCAGGUCAGACAGUCCCGUCCCCAGCUGAUAACUGCAACCGUUGCCUGUGUGGCAAUGAUGGCUACCUUGUGGGAUGCACAUUGAGACUGUGCACUGACAAUGUGGUCGAGAUUGAUGUCAGUGUAGGUUCAGAUGCCAACAAUGGAAAGGUCCACUGCGAACAUAAAGGUCAAACGAUCGCCUCGCCUUUCGACAGUUGCAACAACUGUAAAUGCAGUAAAGAUGGCUUCAUCACGAGUUGCACCAUGAAGGGAUGCGUAGAGAUCCAGGCGAAACUCCUUCACCGGGGUGAGGACACUGACUAUAAGGUCACGGAGAUCCCACUGAAAAUGCAGGAGGUGGUCAAAGAUUCCACUUUCAAGCUUGGCAGCAGCGAAGACUCCGAAGGAAAGCCUUGUUCAAAACCAGGUGAAUGGAUGCAGAGUCCGUAUUCCUCAUGUAACAGAUGUAUGUGUGGCGUGAACGGACGUUUUACCAAGCUCUGCACCAAGGCCCUCUGCCGGUGAGCUUGCAGAGACACUUAAAGGACACAAUUCGACGGUUACUGAUACUUAGAACAAUUAUCGAUUACGAUUCACAAUCAUUAUUAUCGAAGCAGAUAUAUAUUCAUAGAUACAAUGUAUAAAAAAACCUGAAGAAAUCACUGCCGGCCGAUGGAAACAAAUUUGUAAGGCAAGAGAUAAGGCCUAACGAUUUCUGAAAACAAAUGCAUAUAUCACUGAUUCCGAAUUUCAAAGCAAAGCGUGUAGAAAGCCGUAUCAUUUUUUUAAAAAUCGUAUCAUCCUAUUCCGAACAGCGCCUCAUGGAAGCCUGAUUAUAACAUAGCGUUUUUCAACACCCAAUGACA